AUCGGGGAAUUUCCCUAUGACAGUGUCAGGAAAAUUUUAUAGUAGGAGACGGAUAUUGCAGGUUAGGGUUUCAGAAUGUGUGACUUGAACACUCAAGAUAUACUGGAUGAUAUAAGGGAUGCAACACAGCAUGGUGAACAGGAUGCGUUGUUUUUUUUGUUGGUGUCAACGCCUGGCGGUGCUCCGAAUUCGUUCCACAGCAAAGUAAUUCAGCCUUUCCUUAAAUGCCGAGGCUGGCAAAAAGUCAAUUACAAACAGACAGGUUUCAGGGCACUUUAUUUUCUCCAUGUCAAAUCUAACAAGAACGCCGACCAUGAAAAGCAAGAAGAGGACUGUAUUAGGUGCAAUUUCAAUGUGGCAGAGCAUGAAUUCAGUCCACCAAAGAAAAGGCAAAGGACACCUAGAAAGCGAAAGUCAACCGACAACGAACCAGAAAAAGUCGACCCUCCUUUUCAUGUUUCCUGUCAUCAAUGUGACUCUGAUACACCAACCUGUACAGCAGGAAGGGACAGAACCCAACUGAAAGAAACUGUAAACCGUUAUAAGGUACACCAUUCUAAAGAGUUCCAAGUGCACAUUGUAUUGUCUCGCCCAGUUGAUUACGAAGAGGACUUUUUAGAGUUUGCUUCUCAGCCUGGGGCUGUAGAAGACUGAGACUCUUUGAUAUAUAGCACCUAUUAUGUGAAUUAAGUAGGUCUAUCUUUUAGCAAAUCAUGAUUUAAAUCACAUGCUUUUAGUAGUUUCAAGGAAAUAUUGUAGAAACUGAAAUAGCAUAAAAAGUUGGGUUGUACCUUGUAUCAUAUGUAUUGGCAAAUUUUGUAUAGUUAUGCAGGUGAAAUAUGCUGCGUAUGCGUUAAUUGCUUUUGUAGUUUAAAGUCACACGACUUACUAUAAUCAGUACAAGCAUAAAAUAACCCACAUAAUAAUUCUUUCUUCAAUUACAAGUUUAUUUAAUUUAUUCCGCUCUGGUGGGAGUUCACUACCUUUUAAACAGUCAUAACAUAGGGUUAAAAUUUGCUGCAUUAUAACAAUUUACUAAACCAACUCUGAUCGUGAGUUAGAAAAUUUGUUCCUCGGCAGUGUUGUUAUUUUGUGUGGCUGUCUCUCUUUCGUAUUUGAUUUUGCGUUUCUUUGAAAGUUGUGUGAUCCCCACCAGGACUUUGUCUCUGUUAGAAAUAUCUUGUAGAAACAGUGCAAUGUACAAGUUAUAUACAAAGAAGCUACAGGCUGUACUUGCCGCAAUAAAGGAAAUCAUGGACAAUGUUCA